AUGAUCCAAUUAAAUUCACCCUCCCUUUACCAUGCUGCUGCGGAGCACACCGUGGACCUCUUCAAAGUCGACAGUCGAACUGUUGCGUGGGGAGCGCUAGUUCCUCUCAAAGAGGGCGAAACUCCCACUACAAAGUGCCCAAGUCACCGGUUUCCGCCAAUGAACAAAUACAAGCGUCGUUUCAUCAAAGAGUUGGCUGAAUUCUACGGCGUGGAGACGGUCGCCUUCGACCCUGAGCCGCAUCGCCACCUUCUCGCGAUGACGACGCUUGCCACUGCGUGCUACCCUGGCGGUUCUCGGCAGCACCACGUGAAGCUGUCCAGCCAGGUGCAAAAACAAUUUACCGGUUCUGUCAAGAUCACCGGAGUGGAAUCUGGUGUCUCAAACCGGGUAGCAUCCGUGCGCUCAAGUGUGGAGGUUGCCUCUGCAUCUAAUAACCAAGUUAUAAAACCGGUAUCUUUCUCUUUGGCUAGUGCAUCGUCCUCGUCCGCAAACGCCUUUGAGGACAGCUGA